AUGGCGUUUGUUUCCUCUUCGCCUGUGCCAGAAAUAUCACAAUCGUUGCAGAAUUCGUCAGAUAAUAUCGUUUACUCGAUCGCUGAAAAUAACAAUACUUUCGCUCCAGUUUAUCCAUCUUAUGGCGCAGCAGUUUCGUCUACAAGAUCAUUGCCAAAUACUAUGUCGUCGUGGAACGUUAGUUUACCAUCGACUUCGCCGUUCAUGUCUCGUUUGGGUUUGAAUUUAUCGUCUCCUUCUACAUUCCCGACUUCAGAUGGCCGCCAUGUUGGAUUUCCGAGCGUGUCGUUCCCAGGCCCUUCGCAGAGCGCGGUCGGCUAUGGUUAUCCUUCGGCAUCCCUGGCCGCCCCCUUGGUUCAUACAUAUUGGUGA